UUGAGUUAUUCGGAAGUAUAUUUAUAGAAUCAAUACAAUACUAAAAGGGGAAUAAGGGCUCCCCUCAUGCCUCCACAUCCUCAGAAAUAAUCAGCCAAUAGGAGAGCCCCGUUUGGCCACGUCGGACGCGCAUCACAUUUCCUUUGGGCCUCGCGUCAAAUGUUCGAAAUCUCGGCCCGAUAAUGUUCGAAAUCUCGGCCCGAUAAUGUUCGAAAUCCGGAAGCCCGGAUAGUCCAUGACCCGGUGAAGCUUCCUGGUCGAUUAUCGAUUCCCCUUCUCUUCUCUUUUUUGAUCUGCCGAUCCCAUUUCUCUUCGUCUUCUCCGUUCACUACGUUUCGCAGAUCUUUAUCGCGGACAUUAAAUUUACUCCCCACUCUUCUGAGUUCUAAUCUCAUUAAUGGAUCGUUAUCGCUUUCUCCGUCCGCGGUUCUAUAUAGAUCUCUUAAUCUGUGUAUUUUUUUUUGGAUCUAGAACUGUUCUAUCCUUUCAACUGCUACCUGCGAUGAAGGUGUCCGGCGUUUCUGACUCAGAGAAAAUGACAGGCGAGACGGCGAUCCCCUCCGAUUCCGUCAAUCCCAUCUCUCAAUCCGGUGUCUCUUCCGGCGAUAACGGUCCGACGAAAUCUAGAUGUGGAAUGGCCGAUUCAAAGGGUACGAGCAAAUCCGGCCCUCAGUCCGGCAUAACAUCCGGCGUUGAUAAACCGGUGAAAUCCAGAGGUACGACUGCUGAAACCCAGAGGCCGAUCAGAACACACGGCAGGACUGGUGGUUCCUCCGGCCCCGUUAUCGGCGUUAGAGGGAGACCAUCUGUCUCAGCAAUCGACAAGGGCAAAUCAAUCGUCAGCGACGACGUAGGGAAGGUUAUAACCUUCAAAGACGUGAAAUUCGGGCCACAUGAAGACGAGAUACGGUUUCGACUGAUCCAUUUUUGGGAAGCUUGGAACGUUCAGACGAAGGUUCUUAUCGGCAUCGAAAUGCUUCUCAUCGAUGAAGAGGCGAGUGUAAUCCAAGGUUUCAUCUCUUAUGGAAGGAUUGAGACCUAUCUGCCUCACAUGAAAGCUGGUUGUACGUACCGGCUCAACAAGUUUUACGGAUCAAAGAGCAAGACAGUGUACCGGAUUGCUGACUCGGAUGUCACUAUUAGCUUCUCAUGGAACUCUGCUCUAACUGCUCUCGAGGACAGCUCAAUCUGUUUCCCUGAGGAUCGGAUCCGUAUUCAUGGAUUCAGGGAGUUCGAUGGUGCUUCCGACUUGAAAGGUGAUCUUUAUGAUUAUAUUGGCCAUAUCAAGCUUGUGAAUGGGAAGGUUCCCACUGACAGCAUAUUGCUUGAUGAAGGUGAGAUAGCUGUGUCUCGGCGAGUUGAGCUUCACGUCCAGACACAUGACGAUCCUGUGAUGAAGUUGUACCUCUGGGACAAGGCGGCCUUUGAGUUCAUUGAUAAGUUUAAAGCAUCUAGAGGCACUGCCCGUGUUAUUUUGGUCACCACUUUAAACCCGAAACGGUUUGGAGGUGUUCUGUCUCUAUCGGCAAUGGCGUCCUCACGUGUAUUUAUGGAUAGUGAUAUCCAAGAAACACUCUCCUACCUCAGCUGGUUGAACUCUAAUUUGGACGUUGCCAGUAGGGUUAAUGCAGAGGUGAUUACCAAGCCUGAGCCAGCGACAUUGGGAGAACUUUUUGCUUAUAUGAACCAGGCGUCCUCUAAGGUUGCUUGGUUUGAGUGCACAGCAACUAUUGAUGAUGUUGUGCACGGGUCUGGCUGGUACUAUAUAGGUUGCGGUGUGUGCCAUACCAAAGCAACCAAAGGGCCCACAACGUUAAUGUGUAAGAAAUGCGGGAAGAGUGAGAUUGUUGGUGUGGCGCAGUACUUGACGAGACUCUCUGUGUAUGACAACAAUGAUCAAGCCGUGUUUGUUGUCCUCGGUGAUGCCGGUGAGGAGUUGACUGGAAAGAAAGCAAGCGAGUUGGUUGAGAAAUACUAUCAGGUCAAUGACAAUAUUGAAGGCGAUCAUAAGGUCCCAGUUCCUCAGGCUAUGAUUGAUACUAUUGGACAGACGCGAAAGUUCAUUGUGAAGGUAUCAAAACACAAUCUGGACGCUAAGACUCAGACUCUGACUGUGACAAAGGUGCUCCCACCCGAUGCCGCAGGACCUGAGGACAAUUUAGAAGGGGAUGUUGAUGUAAUAGGUGAUGCGGAAGGAGUAGGUAAUGCAGCUGAGUUUGGAAAAAGGGGUGCUGAUGAGAUAGAGUCUGAGGGUGUGAAGCGUGCCAAAUGUGGCUAAUGAAGUAGCCUUGACUUCAUUUGCUUCUUCUUUUUUUUUGUGUGUUUUCCUUUUUUUUUUUUUGUUUGAGACAUCCUUUUUAUCUUUGGUUUCCUCUGCAACAUUAUACCAACCAUUGGUUAUUAUCUCUUUUUAAUAACAUAAACUAUUAAUAUUUUCUAUGUUAUACAAUUUGAUCAAUGAAAUGGUGUUAUCUAUAUAUAUAUUUACCACAUAUUCUGGAUGAUGAUAAACUGAUUCAGGAAUUUUAGAUUCCGAUUUCUAUUUAAGUAUAGUAGAGAAGGAUCUGUGUACAUAAUUAGCUUAUCAUUGUUUGGGAAUAAGUUAUUUUACACAAAACAAAUACAAUAAUAAAACGAUUUGUGUGAAUAAGCAUGGAUGAUUAAAUGCAAUAACCUGCUGUAAGUAAGCCAAUAAAAUUUGAUAUUCUUUAAAAAAAUUUAAAACUGGUUAACUGAGAUUCGAACCCUGCAAGUAGAGUAGCUAAUGCGGAUACUACUCUACCAUUAGGCUAAUGUCACUCUUUGUAGAUAUAUGCAUAACUAAAUACAAUAACUUCUUAGAUAAUACAAUAAAAUGAAUUUUUUUAAAAUAAUUACAGACGGGAUGACUGAGAUUCGAACCCUGUAUAAGAGCUAAUGCGGAUGCUACUCUUCCAGUAUGCCAAAGACACUCAUUGCAAAUAUAUAAAUGACUAAAAGAUAUAACUUUUUAUAUGAGCUAAGAAAAUGGUAUGUUUUUAAGAAUAAAAACGGGUUUUUUAGUGUUCGAACCCUAUAUAAGAGCUAAUGCGGAUGUUACUCUUCCAGUAGGCUACAGACACUCAUUGCACAUAUAUAAAUGACUAAAAUAUAUAACUUUUUAUAUAAGCUAAGAAAAUGGUUUGUUGUAAAAAAUAAAAACGGGUUUUUUUGAGAUUCGAACCCCUAUAUAAGAACUAAUGCGGAUGCUUCUCUACCAUUAGGC